UGUUGAUGACGGGUCGCGAGUUGGAGAUUAGUAUUGUUUAUUUGGAACAAACAUCGUAAAUUAGUAAACAUGACGGGAAUUUUACCGAGCUAUCAAAGGUUUGUCAAUGGCGUUCCUGUACCAUCAAUAUCACGUCGAUCCUUUCGGCUUCGCGAGAAAUACCUAAUUAUUUCAGUACUGUUGACAUUCGGAAUCGUGUGGUUAGGUGCUCUCUUCUAUUUGCCAGAGUUUAAAAGUUCUACCAGCGUAAAUGACAGUGUUUAUAAUGUGUACAAACGUAUUCAAAAGGCGGGCCCAGAAUUACUUAUGCCACCCCCUCUAGCCCAGAACGAGGUAGGGGACUUUCCUGUGGUGGGUAUUGUUCGUCAUGGAGAGGAUGGAGAUGAUCCUCAUAUUGUUCAAGAUAGAAAUCGUUUGCGAGCUAAGAUCGAUGAAGAUAUGGGAAUGAAAGUCUUGGAAAGGCCGUUUGACUCGGCUCCGUCUAUCUCAUCAUCUCGAGGCCCUAGCAAGCCUCCUGUAGAUGCUAUUGAAGAACCAAAUGUCGCAAAUAACGCAGCUAAAGAUGUAUCCCCGGCAGGCGAUAAAUCUGUCCUUGGAAGCAAUAAAUAUGUUUUACCCAUGAUGGACUCGAAUACAGAUCCUGACAUUAGACACAAAAGAGAAACAGUUAAAGAGAUGAUGCGUCACGCGUGGAACAAUUACAAGCUGUACGCGUGGGGCAAGAAUGAGUUGAAACCAAUAUCGAAGCGUGCGCAUCUUACGAGUGUCUUCGGUGGUGGGGACAUGGGAGCUACCAUUGUUGACGGCCUGGAUACGCUGUACAUCAUGGGGCUGAUGGAUGAAUUCCGCGAAGGACGGGAUUGGGUGGCCGAGCAUUUCCAUGUUAAUGAGAUUGAUUCAGACCUAUCAGUGUUCGAGACAACGAUACGUUUCGUGGGCGGUUUCUUGUCGUGUUACGCACUCACCGGUGAUUCCAUAUUCCGUGAUAAGGCUGCAGAAGUCGCUGAUGCGUUGCUGCCCGCCUUUGAUACACCCACUGGAUUGCCCUAUGCGCUAAUAAACCCAAGUAACAAGGCGAGUCGACAAUACCAUUGGGCAGGAUCGAACAGCAUUUUAUCCGAAGUUGGAACCCUGCACCUCGAGUUCGCCUACCUUAGCGAUGUGACAGGAAAAGAAGUUUACAGGGAGAAGGUGAAGCGUAUCCGCGAUGUCCUCCACAACAUCCAGAAGCCAGACGGACUUUACCCAAAUUACAUCAACCCUCGGAGCGGCACCUGGGGACAAAGGCAUAUGUCCCUCGGAGCACUGGGCGAUUCCUUCUACGAGUACCUGCUGAAGGCGUGGCUCGUCUCCAACAACGAAGAUGAAGAAGCCAGAAUAAUGUUCGACGAGGCAAUGCAAGCGGCGCUCGAUAAAAUGCUGAGAACGUCUCCAACUGGUCUCGCGUACUUGGCUGAACUGAAGUAUGGCAGGAUAUUUGAGGAGAAGAUGGAUCACUUGUCGUGUUUUGCUGGUGGAAUGUUCGCGAUGGCGUCCACGAGCUUGGAGAACUCCUUGUCUGAGCGGUACAUGGACGUCGCUCGUAAGCUGACUCACACCUGUCAUGAGAGUUACGACCGAUCUGAUACUAAACUUGGACCCGAGGCUUUUAGAUUCUCUGGUGCAGUUGAAGCCCGUGCAAUGAAAAGCAACGAGAAGAUGUUCCUCUUAAGACCAGAGACCUUCGAGAGCUACUUCAUCAUGUGGAGACUCACCAAGGAACAGAAGUACCGCGAUUGGGCCUGGGAGGCUGUACAGGCGUUGGAAAAGCACUGCCGCGUGGAGGGCGGUUAUACGGGCAUCGUGAAUGUGUAUCACUCUACACCGGUCGGAGAUGAUGUUCAGCAGAGCUUCUUCCUGGCUGAAACUCUUAAGUACUUAUACCUAAUAUUCUCGGACGACUCACUGGUGUCUAUGGACGAAUGGGUGUUCAACACAGAAGCGCAUCCGUUGCCGAUCAAAGACAAGAACCCGCUCUACAGACAAUCGUACAAAACCAUAGAUAACAAUGUAUAAAAUUAAUUUUACGUUUUUAAAUAUCCGAAAUUAUUUUAGCUCUGAGUCUGCUUUAUGUGCUUCGUUUUUUAUCUUUGUGAUAGAAAAAUAGACAGAUAUGGGGUUAAAUAUUUAAAAAUAACGCCAUUUUUCUAUUGAAAUACCGUUUCACCUUUUACAAAUUGCAGACUUGAAGCUAAAUUUACAAUGAUACACCUAAAACGUUAUUUAUUAGUUUGUGAUAUUUCUACUUUUUGGUUGCAAAGUGACGAUUGACACCAAUUUGAUUAAACGAGUGUGUACAACGCUCAAACUACGUGUUAACGGCCUAAGUUGUCAAAGAACUUUCACGUCAUUGAAAAAUAUAAAAGCAAUAAUCCUUAUGUCUAUAUUGCUCUAAGUUCUUGGGUGUGACAAAGAGCCACUGUACGAAGAAUUUUCUAGAAAGGAGGUCGAUCUGAUUUUGAGGUAGGAAAAUAAAAUAUCUCACAGUAAAAGUCUAAUUAUUUAUUCGCCAGAAGCAAAAAAAAUAUAUAUGUACCAGGCGAAUAUAAAUGGUAGGAGACUGGAAUUAUUCACAAUGGAAGUUUUUAUGGUUCAUAUAUGCCUAGUAUUUGUUUUUAAUUAAAAGGUUUAACAGUUAAAUGAUAUUAAAGUACGUAACGUAAUAAAACCCUAUAUAUAUAUAUGUGUUCAAUGAAUUUUUAAGAAAUAUUUGUUUUGUGAAGGUAUUUGUGUAUGUAUUUAUGGAUAGGCAUGGAAGACCUUGCGUACGCUUGCGAAUGUUGUUUCAUAUUUAUGUAAUUUAUCAGUUGAGUGCCGUUAGUUUUAAUUAGGGAUCGUUGUCAAACCAAUUGUCAAUUGACACAUUGGUCAGUUGUCAAAAAUGUCAAGUAAACCUUUUUUUUUUUUGAAGCUUCGAUUUUUCUGUCUUCUGAAUGACAUAAAAUUGCUCAAGUCAAUUAGAAAUGAAUUUUUGUUUUGAGAUUUUAGGCAAUUGCAAACAUAUACACGCCGCGUUUUUUUUAAAUACUUAAGUGCCAGUUUAACUACUUAAAGUUUACUUAACAAUUAAUCAUGAAAUCUCUAUUAAUGAAGUCUACAUUUUCAUUAUUCGUAACAUAUCUGUAGCCAUAGAUAUAAAUUGUCUAUUAUUAAAAAAGUUGUGAUUAACUUUUUUUAAUUUCCGUCGGACGUCAAAAUUCGCAAAUUAAGAUAAUGAAUAACACCACUAAUAUAUAUAAUGAUGUUAGAAUUUAUUCCAAUAAUAUUUACUUAGCAAUAAUAUUAAGCGCGUUUAGCGAUAUAUCUUAAACAUCAUGUAAUACUUAUGAAAUCAUGCGAAAAUCAUAUUAUCAUAGUUCUCGGAAUAUUGGCAAGAGUUAUUUUUUUAGGUAAAAAUUAAUUCCUAAAAUUAUACGCGAACAUUCCUUUAAAAAUCUUACCAAGUUCAAGAAUAUACAACAAUUAUCAGAACAUAUAUCCAUCCUUUUCAUAUAUAGAAAGAACAGGUAUGAAUAAAAGAGACGUUUGAUUGUCCUCACGUAACGCACUCGUUACUAGGGCAUAGAUUUUUUAUAGAUUAUAAAACAUAGUCGUGAGAUUAGCUGUCAUAGACAAUUGUAAUAAUCUGUACAGUGUAUAUAGUAUUUUAGUGUGUCUGCGUCGCAGGUGGGUCGCAAAAGUGCAAUUUUUUUGCUAUUCAUCAGCGACAUUUUUUUUUACAUGGCGUGCUAAUUAUUUAAAAAAGUGUGUAACAUUAUGUAGUUAAAAUCGAGAAUAAUCCAAUUUUAAUAUUCGUAUAUACCUACUUCCUAGACAAGUGAGAAUUGUUAUUAUCUCAUGUUAUUUAUGUUAUCCUAAUAGUUCUUUAUUAGACAUCAUACUUUUAUCGAUUAAAAAUCGGUCAAGUUUCUCUUAUUUACUGCCAUCUAUGUUUGUUGUACCAUAUUUCUGUCGCGAAAACAAAUGUCAAGAAUUCAUCAGCAACGAGAGCGCUAAGACUGACUACUGUACGUCAAUAAUGUAUAAGAUUUUGGACGUACGGGAGGCAUAGUUCGUUUCUGAAUCUCACAAUUGGACUAAAGACACCGUUCAUGUUACCAUGGUUAUCAAAUUUGAAAAGCCAUCGUAACCAUGAUAACAAGUAAGCUAUUCCCACGCAUCUCUAUUAAGAAAUGUAUUGUCUUUUUGUCAUUUGUUUUCGUCACUUAAGUCUUUAAAGACUAUAUUAGCCGUAUUCAGAGUCGUCCUUUAAAAUUAUCUACGUAGCAAAUCCGCUACGUAAUUUAAUCCUCUAACAAUUGUAAUCUUUAAAUAACCGUUGACUCUUAAUGAACGACCCUGAGUAAGACUGAAAAUGUAACAAGCAGAUUUGCAAUAUUUAUUUUAAUUACUGAUCUCAAUUUUUCCUUACGAGAUUCAAGGUUUUUUUAAUUGUCAAAUGUAGACAGCAAUAAUUGUUUAGUAUGACACCAUUAUACGUAGUAUUUGACAAUCGGGAAAUCUUCAGAUUUAAAAGACAUUUUAAUACAAUAUAUUUUUAUCAAAGGACAUACCGUGUACAUAUUCAGUUCGAUAGACUGCUUGUUAUAAAUGUGUUUAUGUAUGAAGAUGUAGUAAUAAUUGUAAAUUUUCGUUUAUUAAUAAAAAUGUUU